AUGAUAUUCCCGCCUAAAUUUGGGGAAUUUCUAUUACUAACACUGAUUUUGGGGGUCCAGAAUGUAAGUUAUUUGGAAAAAUUUUUUAAUUUUUUUUAAUUGUUGGAAAGAAAAUUCUGCAAUUUUUGAUUUGUAAAAAAAGUUUUGGCUCUUUUUUGCUUUGGAAGUAAAGUUUUUGUUAUUUUUUGUUUUGUAAAGAAAGUUCUUGCUUUUUUUGUUUUGUAAAGAAAUUUUUUGGCAUUUUCUGUUUUACAGAGAAAGUUUAUGCCAUUUUUUUCUAAAGGAAGUUUUUGCUAUUUUAUAUUAUGUAAAGAAAGUUCUUGCCAUUUUAUGUUUUGUGAAGAUAGUUCUUGCCAUUUCUUCUUCUGUAAAGAAAGUUCUUCGGCGGACGCGGCGUAUUUUACCAAAAAUUCUCAAUUUCAGGCCAAAGCAGCUGAAAACAGUACAUUCAGUGAGUCGAUUGUGUACCUAGAAGGCAUUGAAAUCAUAGUAACUGGAAAUUAUGAACGAAGUCUUCAAGCCCACCUCAUGCUUGAUUUUAAAGCUGCUUUUGGUAAUUUGAGGUAGGUUUAGAUUUGUAUGAUUUUAUUUCUUUGUUUUCUAUCUCGACCUACAAGAAUUUUCAAUCUACAAUAAUAUAAAAAUGAAAAUUCAAUGUUUCAGAGGAAGUAUAGUGACAAGAGCGACAAACUCUUGUGCGUUAAUGGACACGGGAAAGGAGAUAACCUGCCGAAUUGAACAAAUCUCAUUUAUGAUUGCUAAUCCAGUUGUGAGUUUUUUGACUUUUUUUAAAUUUUUUUUGAGAAAAUAGCCGUAAUUUUAGGCUUAAAAUUGCUUACGUUUAAACAUAAUAGCUUUAGGGCUUUGUAGGCUUAGGCUUAGUAGGCACAGGCUUAGUAGGCUUAGACUAAGGAGACACAGGCUUAGUAGGCUUAGACUUCGUAUGCUUAGUCUUAGUUGGCCCAGGCUUAGUAGACUUAGACUUAUUAGGCUUAGUUUUAGUAGGCACAGGCUUAGUAGGCUUAGACAUCGUAUUCAGCUUAGGCUUAGCAGAUUUGGACUUAUUAGGCUUACGCUUAGUAAACACAGGCUUAGUAAUCUUAGACUUAGGUCCAGAUAUACCUAUAGCAAAAGCCAUAUCCAUAACCAGAGGCGUAAGCAUAAGCUUAGGUUUAACCACAAGCUUAAACUAAGGCAUAAGCUUCGGUUUUAGCAUUGACUUAGGUUUAGCCUUUUCAGGCUUAAACAUAACAUACUUUAGGCUUAAGCUUAGUACCUUUAAGUUAAUCAGUAAUUCCGGUUUCAUUCUUUUCGAAAUAUGGCAUAUAAAACAAGUAAUAGCUAGCUGUAAUUUGCAGCAACAUACCAACACUCGCAGUCAUUUGUUGGGUCGUUUUAACUCGAGGCAAAUAUUAUAAAAAUACAUAAUAUUACAUAAGAGGAAGUUGCGUAACACCGUUUCUUAUAAUUUCUCUAAGGCUAUUAAAUUGUGUCAUUAAUAUUAGACAACAUCACAUAGAUUUUGAGCAAUCUUUGUUCGAUUUUAGCUUACUAGGUUUAGGUGCAGUAGAAGAGGAAGGAAUAGACUUAACUUAUGAGGUCUAGGCUCAGUAGGCUUAUGCUUAGUAAACUUAAAUUUUUUUAGGAUGCUAUAGUUAUUAGUGCAACUCCUUCAAUCGAAUACUUUGAUAAUGGCGCACCAAAUGAAAUUAUGGAUGAAAUAACCUUAUUUACUAUGGCAAAGACUACUUUCAACGAAACAGCUCCAACUAAAGUUAGUACUAAAAUAGGCAAAGAAUGGUAGGCUUUUUAAAUUUAUUUUGCAAGAGUUAUAGGGCUAACUUUUUGUUUAUUUAUAGCUUAUAUUAAUAUAUUUAAGGCUAAUAUUUCUAUUUUGUAGACUUUCUUUCCUAUUUUCUUGGCUCUAUUUUUCUUUAUUGUAGGGUUCUACUUUUGGUUGGGCUUGUUUCUACUCUCAUAGGUUUAUAUUUUUGCUUUUUAGGCUUUCAUUUUUACAUUUCUGUCUACUAUUUUUUCUUUUUGGGUUUUUAUUUCUACUUUUAAGGCUUAUAUUUCUUAUUUUGAGUCGUAUAUUUUCACUUUUGACUUAAAUUUCUUCUUUCCAGUCAUAUAGUUCCUCUUUUCAGGCUUUUUUUUACUUUUAAGGCUUAUAUUUUGAUUUUACAGGAUUAUGUUAAUUCUCUUCAAGGUUUUAUUUCUAAUUUUAGGUUUAUAUUUCUACUUUCAGUGUCAAAUUUCUACGUUUAAGGCUUAUGUUCCUACUUUUCAAGCUUUUAUUUCUUCUUUUAAGGCUUUAGUUUCUACUUUUUGAGCUUAUAUUUUUACUUUUUAGGCUUAUAUUUUAACUUUUAGGCCAAUAACCUUGACCUACAGAAAAGCCUGUAACCGAGACCAUUCCUAUGGCUUCCAAUGUAAUGUUGUAUGUCUACAACAACGUGAAGGUGAAUGUUACGAGUGUAAUCCCGUAAAUGGCAGUAAAAUUUGUUGCAAUGAUCCAGAUGUUGAUCAGGAUACUUGUUUAUACAAAAAUGGCGCCAUUCCUCCACCAAGUAAGUAUUUUUUGAAAAAAAUGGCAAAAACUUUCUUUAGCGGGCAAAAAAUGGCAAGAACUUUCUUUACAGGGCUAUUUAUGGCAAGAACUUUCUUUACAAAACAAAAUAUGGCAAAAACUUUAUUUACAAAUCAUGAAAUGACAAGAACUUUCUUUACAGGGCUUUUUAUGGCAAGAACUUUCUUUACAAAACAAAAAAUGGCAAAAAAUUUCUUUACAGUCUCUAAAAUACGAAAAAAUCUUCAAAAUUUUCAAAUUUACUUCAAAAUUUCAGGAACAUGUGAAGAAAAACUAACAUAUCUCAAUUCCACUUAUGAAUCUACGAAAGCUCGAAGAGAUCUCUUCUUCUGGUUAAUGCUCGGCUUCAUAUUACUGUUUGUGCUAGCAUUGUUGUUACUGAUCAUGGCUGUUUUGUGUGCUUUUCAUCAGAAAAAGUAAGGUAUUUUGAAUUAUGUGAUUAUUGGUUCAAUCGGCGUAUUUUAAAAAACUGUACUAUUAUUACUACUAGGCAUUCAUCUGUAUCAUUAAACAAAAUUUUUGGAAAAGGUUUAUUUUUUUGUGAACUGAGAACAAUAUAAAGGAAGUUUUAAGAAAGUGUACCAGUGGUACCACUAAGGUACCAAUAGUACUAUUUUGAAAAUUUUUGAUGAUUUUUUUUAAAUUUUAAUUGUGAGAAAUUUUUAUAUAGUUUUGUUCAAAAGUGUACCAGUAGUACCACUAAGGUAUUAGUAGUAAUAUAUUUAAAAAUUUUCAAAAAAAGUAAAAUUUAAAGAAAAAAUAAAAUUUUAAAACAAUUUUUUAUUUUUUUUUAAUUAACUUAGUACCACUGGAGUGCUCGACCUUCUAUUAAUUUAGAAACUGCCAUUUCAUAUGUAAUUUCACAAUUUUUUCAGAAAAUACGAAGAAUCCAAACACUUCAUCCUCAACCGAGACUAUGAUCAACAUUCGUUUGAACAAAAAUCGUAUCCAGAAGCAGUCAGUGACUUUAACCUAAACAAUGACCAGUCUAAGUUCCAAAUCGACCAAUACGACCGGUCGUUGCGUCGGAAAAAGCAUUCCGAGCUGACACCCACGCCCGAACGGAAAAGGAAACGAUUGGCGCUACAGGACCCGGGCUAUUACAGUUCGGAGGACUAUCUACCGUUUCCUCAAAACGAGAGGAAUUAUCGACCACAAGCUCAGAGACAGCCAUAUGCAGUUAGUACAAUUCUGCCGCCUCCGCCGCGGCGGAGAAGGUUGGAACAAGUUGUUUGA